AUGGAGACCAGGGAGUCCAGCACUAGCGACUACAGGCAGACCGAGGGCAUACCCGGGACCUUGAGCACGGCUGUGCGUGAGCACCUGCGGAAGUUGUGUCUGCGCGAAUUCCCGUGUGGCAUCGGGAGCUGGAAUAAGUCACGAUUUCUUCCUAAAAAAUGUCGAACCUGGAGGGAAUUGACCCCCAAGGAUGAGGAGACAGUGGUUCCCGAGGAGGAGACCGUGGAGGCCCUGCUGGGCCUGGUACGCAGCAACCACUCUCCUUGGGCUAUGCUGAAGGAUUCCAGUGUGGAGGACCGUUUCCUGAGAGAACUGGCCAUCCGGAAUCCACAGAUGAUCAAAGACACUUUCUUCUACUCCUACUUCCGGUCCUUGCGGGUGGUGGACAAGGGGGUGAGUCUGGUGGAUAAAGACCUCUUGAAAUUUCUAAAGCUCGAGGAGUUGGUUCUGAGCGCCAAUAAAAUCGAGGAGAUCGAUGCUAACAAUCUGCCCCCGACAUUGAAGGUGCUGGAGCUGUACGGCAAUUUGAUCACCAGCAUGGAGUGUCUGUGCUCAUCGCCGCCCCCAAAACUGCAGCACCUGGGGCUAGGCCACAACAAACUGCUGGGCCCUUUGGAGAGUUUGUAUGUCACCUCCCACAACUGGCCCCAACUCGUCUCCCUGGACCUCGGCUUCAACGACCUGACAGACCUGCAGAACAUGAUACUGGGUCUCAGUACCUUGAGGCACCUGAGGCUCCUAGUGCUGCAGGGGAACCCACUGGCUCUGGUGCCUUACUACCGCGGCUUUACGGUGGACAGCCUGGCACGCCUUUGUGUGCUAGAUGACAUCACCGUGUCUCCCAGUGAGAAGCACCAGUUCCGGGGACUCAACAUUCACGGUGACCUGUUGGCACGUGAGGCCCAGUUUGUGGUGACUAUUGGAAAUGUCAGGGGGGUUCUGGACAGCUCUAUCUUGGACCCGGAGCCAGGACCUGAGGGCCCCUUCAUCAGCUACAGCUACUACGUGACCUAUGACUUCGUGGAGGAUGAGGACAGGGAAGGAGGCGCAAGCAGGGUAGAGGAGACACACCGGGAUAGCGUUCUGGAUGAGAUCGACAAGCCUUUCUCUAGCCCAGAUGAAGAGGACCAACAGGAGGGUCUGUUGGAGCCCUUAGAGUCCCAGAGCCAGGGCCGCCACCGCCACCGAGGCCGUCAGAGGUUUCGUCCAGACUCUGUUGAGGAGGGGUCCAAGGAUCUGUCUGAGUUCAUAGCUAAGGAGAUGAACCAGAUGGCUGAGGACUCGGGCGAGUCUGGGAUAACAGAGAUAGACGAGUCGGAGACAAGCAUUUCCAUCCACUCGGCCCCGCUGCCACAGUCCGUUGACUCUUCAGAAGAGCUGUCGAAGCUGCGGCCACGGAUAGACGUACGGCUCUGUCCAUCCCCAGGGACAGUCCUCUUCAACACCGUGCACAAGCCCUGGGCCGACGUCAUCCCUUGCACCUACGAGAUGAAGCACAGCCUGAAGGAGCUGAUCCGGGUCAAGGCCUUCCUGCUGGCCGGGACCACCGUGAGCAUCGUGGAGGAGAAAAUCCUCUCCUGGCCGGUGGUACCAACUCCUGUCGAGAGUCCCUCACCUGCCAAGAAGGGGAAAGAAGACAAAAAAAAGAAAGAAGAGGCCGCCAAGGAUAAGGGCCUCAAGAAGAAAAAGGAGCCACCCAAGGAACUGCGCCAGGACCCACCGGUGCUGAGUGUGCUGGGCAGCGGGCUGGUGUACCUGGAGCCCUUGCUGGCGGGGGAGCCAGUGGUGUCCACUGUGUGUAAUUUUGGGGUGGUCCGCACUCUGGAGACUGACAGGCUCACACAUGCCAGGGACUCAAAGAAGGUAAAGAAAACCCAGAAAAAAGAUAAGUCAAAAACAGCGGCUCCAACCAUGGAAAGCGGGUACCAGCCCGAGCCCCUGUCGGUGGAGGUCCAGAUCCAGCUGCACCAGUACCGCUCGGUGGAGGAAGCAUUCCUUAGCUUGAUUGACUAG